UUUGCACUUGCCGCUUUUCCUUUCCGUUUCAUUCGUCGUUGGUUUCACUCAGUGACUGUAAAAGUCAUUGGUUUCAUCUAUUAAUUAAAUAAAAAUUGAGUGGUUUUAUUUAUUUAUUCCCCCUGUGACAGUUUGAUGGUUUAUUAUGCCGAGAAAAUUAUUUUUAUUUAACAAAUUCGCCGGAAUAAUAUUGUUCAUUAGUUUAUGUGUAAAAGGACCUAAUUGGCAUAAUUACUAAUGAACAGAAAUAUGAACGUUUGAUAAAGAGAUAAAUAAUCAUACUGAUAUAACUCAUGAUUAUAUGAUAAAAUUCAUGACGCACACAGGAGGACAGGCGUGAGAAACUACUGAAAUUUAUUCUACAGCCUAGCAUAUUUAAAAUGAAACUAACAGGAAUUUCAGAAAUCCAAGAGAAGCUUCAUACUUUAUUCAAUUAAAUUGAUAUUUCUUUCAGACCUCUGCAACUGUUGACUUUUCUUCGGCUGUUAGCUUCUGUGAUUGGUAGGAAGAGCACAUGUGUAAUUUUGAAAUGAGCUUAUUAACUUAUCAAAAGCCUUUUUAUAAUAAGUUAAAAAGUCUUCUCGCCAUCCAUUGGAAAGUGUACCAGCCUCUGUAUGAGAUAAAUAUAAGUGUCCAUAUUAAAGACGAAGCUACAGACCCUUUCAUCCAACUAUGAAUAUCUCCAUGUAAUCCUCUGGAUGAGGAAAAAUCACUUUCGUUAUUCUUACUUUUUAAAAUUAUAAUUAAAGUCCCAUGUUUAUUGUUGCGCCAGUCUGAUAUUUGAGAACAUAAAAUUUCUGGAAAAAGGUGCAUCAGUCUUAGAAAUUCUUGAUUUGAACAGUUUCAAAAGUAAAAUACUUUAUGUACUUUUAAUUCAUCACCAUUUUUAAUGAUCAUCUUAGGCUUUUUAUUUACCUAAACGUUGUACUACAUGAGAUUUUAGAGUUUUAUUGAAUAAAAUAUGCAAGUCACAGUAAUUGACGUGUGAACAAGAAGCACAAACGUCCACCGAGGCAUCUCUCUCUCUCUCUGAGCAGUGAUAUACUGUUAAGGGAAUAAUAUUCUAUUUUUAUAUAAACAUGUAAGAGUGGAUAACUUUGUAAACAACCGGACAUGAAUAACUUGAGGUUAUUACAUAAUAGCAGAGUUCUCUCUCUUCCUCUUGAAAAUACUUUCCUUAAAGAUUUUGCACAUUUUAGGAUCAAUAAAGGCAGAAAUGUAAAACAGAGGUCAGAGGUCAAAUGUGAGAUGAUAUUAGGAUGCAGCUAUGAUGUGAAAGUCACCAUAUACCGGUAUCCUUUCCUCAAUGUAGCCAGUACGAACAAACAAGCAGAAUCUUAAGCACAGUUUUAAAGAUAAAAAAUGUUUUGUGAAAGUUUGACCUUAUUUAACCUGGAAGAAGAAGUCAGAGGUCCAAAGUACCACAAUAUUUACAAUCCACAUGUACGAUUCCCUAUUUUUAUCCACUUCCUUGUUAUUGUUGUCAAUAUGAACAAUGGAAAAGAGAAGCUUAAAAUAGCACUAUACAGCAUUAUUAUCAUUUUGACCUUCAGAUCGAUCCACUGACCUUGAAGGAGACGUCAAAUGUGGCAUAUUUCACAUGUUUUAUGUUACUUUGUAGAUUUUGAUGAUACAUAUCACACUCUUAGGAAAAAUUGGGGUUUUUUUUGGCCAUUUUCCACCAAUAACUCCUAGAGAUGACCUUGAAGACGCUGGUGGAUGGAAGCUGAAUUUCAAUGGACCGUUAACAUGACGCCAUCUGCAGGAUCUGAAUUUAUUCAAAAGUCUUUGUGUUUUCAGAUGGGAAGACACACAAACACUGCCGGAAGCAGAACCUCCUCAGCAGAGGUAAGGAAGACUUUGCAGCAGUGAAGGACCCUCAGGUGUACUAUUGCAGUGUAGUAUUUUUACUUUGGACAGUGUUAAGAAAUCACAUCUUUCGCUCUGCGAACACCAGAGGGCGCUGUAUCCCCUGUUUCAACCUUACCUGUGAAUACACCUGCGGCAGAUUUUUAUAAGCUACAAAAAUAUAAAACAGUGGUUUAAAGUGCGCCAUAUGACUAAAGCAAAGAGUUUAUGGACAUGUGAAGGGGUGACUGUGAUAAAUUAUUUACAGGAAUAACUGUUCUUCUCGUUUCCGCUCAGCUCUGAGAGACAAAGUCCACAGAGAGAGAGACGCGCUUAGACAGACACACAGACAGACAGCUGACAGUCGCACCCUCCUGUCCCUGGACAGCAGCGGUGUGAGGUGGUGAGGUUGCCCGGCUGUGUACUCGGGCCAUGCGGGGUCAGCGGGAUGGAGGAAAAGCCCAGAGAGUCUCCGUUCAAGAACUUCGUGGCUGGGGGUGUCGGAGGAGCGUGUCUGCUGCUGGCCGGACACCCACUGGACACCAUCAAGGUGAGACUACAAACACAGCCCAAAGCCGCUCAGUAUGUGCUUUACACAGGAACCUAUGACUGCUUACGCAAGACCGUAUCCAAAGAGGGCAUCCUUGGUCUCUAUAAAGGCAUGGGGGCGCCCCUGGCAGGUGUGGCUCCUAUGAUGGCCAUCAGUUUCUUUGGGUUUGGUCUUGGAAAACAGCUCCAACAGACGGCUUCUGGAAAACCGCUCAUGUACCAUCAGAUAUUCCUGUCCGGCUGUCUGGCAGGAGUCUUCACUACAGUGAUAGUAGCUCCAGGAGAGAGGAUCAAAUGCUUGCUACAGGUGCAGUCGAGCGGUGGAAGGUCCAAGUACGCAGGUCCGCUGGACUGUGCGGUCAGGCUCUAUAAGGAGCAGGGGAUCCGCAGCGUCUACAAAGGAACUGUGCUCACUCUCAUCAGAGACGUGCCUUCUAGCGGUCUGUACUUCCUCACGUAUGAAUAUCUCAAGGAUGUCCUGACCCCUGAGGGUCAAAGUGUGUCUCAGCUCAGCACUCCCAGAAUCCUCCUGGCUGGUGGUGUAGCCGGAAUAUUAAACUGGGUGAUUGCUCUUCCCCCAGACGUGCUCAAGUCCAACUUCCAGACAGAUGGGAAGUACAGAGGUCUGGCUGAUGUCCUGCGAGCACUGCUUCGAGAAGAAGGACCUAAAGCUCUCUACAAGGGCUUCAAUGCAGUUUUCCUGCGAGCCUUCCCAGCCAACGCUGCUUGUUUUCUGGGAUUUGAGGUGGCAUUAAAGGGCCUGAACCUGCUCGCACCGAGCUGGUGAAAGACGACGAAGCAGUAACUGGAGAUUUUCUCCCUCAAACAGUGUUGGUGAAAUAAAUCUAACGUGUACUUUUAAACUUUUAAAAAUAUAUUUUCCAAAAACGUGGCGUCUGUCAUUGUUCCUGAGAUUGGGAGCAGUGGAAACAUGUACAAUUUGAGAGACAGCUUCUUCAGUUAUAGAGUCAAAUGGUGGGGAGUCCCAGAUUUAAACCCUGUGGGAGUUUCCCCCCACAGAGGGACAAAGGACCCCCUGAUGAUCCUCUACCUAAUCACAUGAGCC